AGAAGAAGAAGAGCAGGAAGAAGGCGUCUCAAAUCCCUGGCAGAAAGACUGAAACACAUUGCCAGCCAGUGGCUACGUGCUCUCAAAGGGACGGCACUAUGGAGAUUUUUGCCCACAGUAAUGUAAAGAAGGAGCUUUUCUGCGCUCUGUGCGCUGCUCUCCUGCUCCUCUCCACGGUGACAUCUGCAGAAGAAAGCGCUCAGGUGAAGAACUCCCAGUGUCACAACUACGCGGGAGGACACGUCUAUCCUGGAGAGGCUUUCCGUGUGCCUGUGUCCGACCAUUCCCUUCACCUCAGUAAAGCCAAGAUUUCAAAGCCGUCACCACACUGGGAAGGAACAGCUGUGAUCAACGGUGAAUUCAAGGAGCUGAAGCUGUCCGACUACAGAGGCAAAUAUCUGGUCUUUUUCUUCUAUCCUCUGGACUUCACUUUCGUCUGCCCCACUGAGAUCAUUGCAUUCAGUGAUCGUGUGCAUGAGUUUCAAGCCAUCAACACAGAGGUGGUCGCCUGCUCAGUUGACUCCCAGUUUACCCACCUGGCCUGGAUCAAUACACCCAGGAAGCAGGGUGGACUUGGACAAAUGAAAAUCCCUCUGUUGUCUGACCUCACUCACCAGAUUUCAAAAGACUAUGGAGUCUACCUGGAGGACCAGGGACACACACUAAGAGGACUCUUCAUCAUCGAUGACAAAGGCAUCCUGAGGCAGAUCACUAUGAACGAUCUUCCUGUGGGACGAUCUGUGGAUGAGACUCUUCGGCUGGUCCAGGCCUUCCAGUACACUGACAAACACGGAGAAGUGUGUCCAGCAGGAUGGAAGCCAGGCAGUGACACAAUCAUUCCCGACCCUUCAGGCAAGCUGAAGUAUUUUGAUAAACUGAACUGAUUUGCGUCUCUAUUUUCUGAGUCUGUGAAAUCCUCCACUUACUGACAGUUCAAAUAAAAUGUGUUUUCCUAA